CGCUCGAUGGUGAGUACGUUAUAAUGCGCCGCGUUACGGGUAGAUCUCCUUUUACCGGAAACGAAGGAGAUUACUUGUCCGUCGAUUGAAUCUUGACACAUGUAUACGUGAUAUUUUGAAACGAGUUAUACGUCAUUCCACUUAUACGGAAAUAUCAAGCAAUGUAAAUUUUCUCAGUGCGUGACCGAACAAACCUGUGAACGUGACGACAAAACUUCGUUUAAUAAAAAUGCAAGCUUGUUGAACGUUUGGAAAAAGCGAUUCGUACGUUGAUCGGGUAUCAAGUGGAUCGUUGCGUGUGUUUAAAAAAUUCUCGAGCUACCGAUCGAAUGCAAGGAGAGCCGCUAGGUUUGUUAGGUUGCACAGCUUUAAGCCGGCCGGCGCCCGCAUUAAAGGGAAUAUAACCGAAGCGUAUAAGUCACCGGAUUCCGUUUCGAUUAUCGUUGUGUUGCGAGUUGCGACUCUUCUCCAAGUCGAAUUUACCAAUCGAAUGUCUGUAUCGAAUUGUCCAUGUUCUUAUCGAUAUCUUCGCGGUCUUUAUGCAAGCGAGGUUCGAGAAAACGUUAAUAGUGCCGAAAUGAGUACCUUGCUUCGAUACGAACUGAGGAAUUUCAAAGAACUGUAAGAAUUCUUAUUCGCUAAAUAUUUCGAGAUAUUCGUUGAAAAUGUAGCUUUUCGUGGUUCGUAAUCUCAAUACCUUCUUUCGACAGAAGGACGACAAUGCCAAACGAAGAUCCAUCUCCAUAAAUAUUUACCUGAUUUGUCCUAUGUUUAUUACUUCAUCUCGCUCGGUUCGGUUUUCGAACGUAUUAAGUUUUUAUCGUUGCGGAUCGAUUAAGAGAUAUUUGAUACGUGAAAACGGACAUUCUUGUUAUUGGCUGUUUCCAACGAUUUCGGGUGUUCGAGAGAGAUCGCGAGAGCCAUGUUCUUUGUUUUGGAGUGAAUGUGCGGAAGUUAUACGAACUUUGUUUACUGAUUUUGUUGUUUUGCUUGUUGCGUAUCUAUAAGUGAAACUCGAUGUCGCGCAGUGAAUAGUGAACAAACGAGUGAAUUACGGUGGUGUGUUCGAAUCGGAAUAAGAAUCAUAACAGGAGUAACGACUUCCGACGGCUCCGUUAUUACGACUUGGUGUUUUUGAAGAAGCAUGAUUUUUUGAACGGAUACGUUUUUUUCUUGGAGACAUCUCUCCAGGAUGACCAGAACCUGUCUUUACGGAGCGUUCGUAUAGUCGUCACAGUGGAGUUCUGCUUAAUCGCAGAAUCUACGAACGAUCUCGUCACUGCGGCGAACAGCGCGCUCUUAAUCCUCUAUAAUCUACUGUAACAUUCAGCCUCGGGAGGGGGAGGUUCGAUGUUGGUCCCUCCCGUGGCCCAAAGUGGGACUGGGGAUCGUCCCGUGGGCGACACGGGUGCCCGGGCCCAACAGACGUCCGGCCCUGCCGCGGCAGCAACCCUAUGGCCCUUAGCACCUGCACAGUCCAAUCAGGUUCCGAACCAGCAGUCUCAGGCUAUUCCACCCCUGGCCGCCACUCCCGCGCCGACUCACAACCAAGGUGUGAGUCGUUACGGGCUAUACUCGUUAUUCCCAGGGGGUGGCGGGGGCAGUUACGUCGCUGCCACUCCCACCACCCCUGGACCACCCACACCUGCGCGAGCUUACCACGCGACAACACACAAGGAACGAACAGUUUCAGAGAGCGUGUUUUCCGCGGCCGUUGGAGUUGGGGUGGGUGGCUACACCUGGGGUGCUCCCACGCCACCCCCUGGCUCACCCUACAGUCCCGUGCCCGUGACGCAGCUCGAGUUGCUGGCCAAAAAUUUGGCUAGUUUGGCUCCUCCGGGACAACAAGCGCUUAGUCUUCAAGGUGUUGGUGUGAACGUAGGCAGCUUGCAUCACGCUCAGCACACACAGCAUACCCAGCACACGCAACAUACGCUAAAUCUGACUGGUCUUCAUCAUCUUCAUCAUGGAGGCUUGCACCAGAACACUUUUUCCCCUCAAUUGUCUCUGGUGACCGGGAACGCGCCAACGCUGACGAUCAACAGCUUCUCGUCACCGAAUUCGACAGGGAAUGUGGUACCAACGACGGGAGUGUUGCUCCAGGAGUAUCAGUCGCCGACAGGUUCGACUACCGGAUGCUCGGUCGCUGUGAACGGCACUUCGUGCCCUACGAGCUCGACCUCGAGCGCGAUGGUGGUGCAGGGUGGCCAGAAUGGCAACCAGGUUGUCCAGGCCACUGGCAAGAAACGAGAGGCCUUCCUAUCGAGUCAAGGUCAGCCGGUGAAACUGGAGAACAAAUCGACGAGGCAGCCGUGUGUUUGCAGAAACAGCAACGGAAAGACAAAGGCGGUGCAUUCCGACGCAGGCUGCAGCAGAACGUUGCCAGUCGCCUCGUCUUGGAACGGACAGGAUGCAAACUGCAAUGGCAAUAAUAAUGGGGGUAACAACUUGGUAAAGAGGGAACCUUUGGCUUCGGUGCCUUGUCAGGUUGCCGAAGUUUCAACUUCUCUUCAUGCUACCACCACUUCCGUGAAAAUCGAACCUGUCCCACCGAAAUCAGAAAAUGGGAUCGUGGUGUCGAAUGCAGGAACCGGCGGUGUUCCGGUUGGGAUCGCGGUGGCCAGGCAGAGACUGCAGCAUCAGGAAACAUCCACUUCGAUGCGCAAUGUUUCCCUGAGUCAUCAUACUUCGCAUCACGCGAGCUAUCAUCACUUCCAGCCCGACAAUCUGGGUUCGAGCACGGCCAUGGCGGUAGGCGGCGCGACCCUGGUGCAUUGCGGAGGACCUGGAGGGGAGGACAGACCGGCCCACCUUGCCAUUCCCUCGGGAGCCCUGGCACCCUCGUUGAACGCCGCUCUUGGAUCGAGCCUGAAUUCCAGCCUGAAUUCCAGCCUAAAUUCCACGUUGGGCAGCAUCGGUGCGGCGGCUGCUGCAGCUGCAGCUGCAGCAAUGCCAAUGGAACCAGUUGGUUUUCCCCAAAUGGGUGUUGGUCUCCAAGGUGGUUUGCAGCUGGUCAGGGAUCCAACUACAGGUCACCUUCUUCUUAUCCAUGCUGCUGAACAAAUGCAACAAGCCGUAGUGUGGCCAAAUUAUUCGAAUCACAAUAACGGAAACGUCGCGCCACCGCCUCUCCUUCUUCCUCCUCCGCCGCCCUCGCUUCAACUUCUUAGCGACAUUGGAGGCGCAAGGCUAGUUCUUACGGAAAGUAAAAGGAAACAACAAAGCACUCUACCUAUCGUGAAAAUAGAGGCGGAUUGCGGCACCAGCCCUACGACCAUAAUCACGUCGACAGAAUCAACGAAGGCGCUGCAGACCGUAACUUCGAUGACCGGAACUCUUGUACCAGAUGCAUCUCUGGUGACCACGUUGCAUUAUUACCCUCAUACGCCUGCAUUAGUUCAAAUCAGCCAGGCCGAACCAACACACUGCAGAUCUCAAGCGACCUCACCGGUCUCGUGUCUGACGCCGCCGCCAGAGGUGACGACGAUCCACGCGAUCGAGCCAGCUGAAGUGGCGCCGAUAGUAGGCGUACAAGACGCGUCGAAUCAGACGGACGCACCGGAAUCCGAGGAUCAGGAGCAAUCUUUGAUCGAGGCAUCCGUUAAACAGGAACAAAGUUUGAGUCCCUGUCAACUACAGAAUUCUGCCAACCUAACCACUACCACUACCAACUUGACGAAUUUGACCAACUUCGAGAUCGUGGCUGCCUCGCCGGAGAAGGUGUGCAACGUUGUUCGAAUAACCACCACAACAACAACCGUAAAUCCAGCGGUCUGUAGCAUAGUGGGUAAAGUGGAUAAAGCGGAAAAUACUGUUAUCAACAUGGCAGAUUGUCCGAAAUAUUCUAUCACGAAGGAGUGUAGAAGCGUCACGUCGAUCGAUAGAACGAUCGAACACGUGGUUACACGGCAGAUUGAUAGGGAACAUGAUGAUAGAAAUCACAUGGAGGAGGAAGGCGAGCAACAGUUUGCCGAGGAUAGGAUAUCAUGCCGAGAUGUGAGAACUGGUUCGCGAAUUAUUGAAAUAACCGAAGAAAAUUGCGAUAGUUUUCAUGAGAAUUUGGAAUUCUUCGGAAGAAGACGAGAUCAUUCCUUGGAUAGACUCAGAGACAGGAAGAAGAAUUACGCUCAGGAAACUGCGGGUUCUGAACAGGAAAAAGAGCCAGAUACGAAGGUUACCGAUGAAAAGAGCGAGGCCGAAUUACCUAAACCAGGGGAAAUGUCGGCGACUGAGUUGCACAAACAUGCAAAUUCUUCGGUCGAAACGCCAGAAAUCAAUCAAAUUCCAAAACUAUCGGAGGAUCCGAAAGAAUCAAAAGUGGAGAUCGAUCCGAAUUACGAAAGUUGUGAGAAGAGCAGGGACGAGCGAUCGCAGGCAACCGUUCCGCGUCCACAGAUCAUUGUGAAGUCGUUCGAUAUGCCGAACAUCGAUUGUGACGAACAGGUGGUCGAACCAAUCGUGAUCAAACAGGAAGCAGAUGAAACAAUGUAUGAAGAUUAUUCAUACAGAUGCGAACCAACUUCAACCACGGAAAAGCCAAAGUGCCAGGACCUGUCCAAGAGGCACAUUGUUGAAAAGUCUCAUCCUGGAAUCGAAAACGUGGUGGAGAAGCUGAAGAAGAACGCAGCUGCAGCUUUACAAGAGAUGACUCCCCAAAAAGUGGACGACUCGAAGGAUAAGAACGCAGAAAAUCUUCGUUCAAGGAAACAUUCAGAAACAACACCGAGAAAACUAGAAAACGGUUUGAAAAAACACAUUCUAAGAUCCUGCGAGAACUCUCAGUUCAUGGAAAAAUAUGAAGUGGCACGAGAACUUGAGGUAUCUUUUUCGGAAAAUGCUCGUUCGGCUAAAGAUUCUCAGGAUGUUCCUAAUUACGUGACAACGACCGAACAUCCUUGCGAUUCUCCUACGAGUAGCAAGCAUCCCCUGCCCAGAAACUACUUCCUAAACAAUAAUAACAACGACACGAGAAACAAUAACGAUAAUAUGAAGUUAAACGACGAUAAAGAACCUGUCGUGAAAAAGGAGAAUGUCUCGCCGCCCGAGGUCUGUGAAGUGGAAAUGCAAUGCACGAACAAUAAUACGGUGACGCCUAAAAAAGGAAAAUUGGAACCGUUAGAAAACUCGACGGCCUUGACGUUUAAUAAUGAAACUCCCAAAUCUAGAUUAAUGAUUAAUCCUAAACCGAGACCUAUAGUUGAUAUUAGCGGAUUGGAAUUGCUGUCGAACAGUAUCGAGGAGUUGGAACGCUUGAGAUCAAAUGGUAAUAGAAAAUCUGAAUUAGAGAGAUCGGCUAUCAGGGGCAGGAUAAUUUUUCCUCUGGAAGAGCGCCUCAGCCACAAUAACAACGAGAACAGCCCUUUGGGGGUGUUGUGUGCUUUGGCAGAGCAAAGAUUUAUGGAGGAAGUAGGGGAUAGAACUCCCCGGAGGUCGAAUCUGGAGAGUUCCGAAGAAAUAUCUCAUGCUGGUAGACUACUGUUGAACCUGGGCAGAGCGAAUGUCCCAGAAAAUGAAACAAAGACAUCGGAAAAGAGAAAAUAUGUGGAAGAAAAUUCCGAAAACCUCAAGAGGCUCAAAACCGAUGGCGAGUUGGAAGAUGAGGAAUUUAAAUACGACUCGUAUUCCGAAGAUGAUGAUUUUGAUAAACAGUGUGAUGAAAAUGAGCGAGAAAAUAUCGUGUCUAUGGCGACUGAGAAUACAAGAGGAAGCAUAGAUUUUUCCGAAGAAGACGAUAUUUGUACCGACGACGAAGAGAAUGAUGUAUUAAAAGACGCUCCCCUUGGUACUAGUAAUCCUUGCAAUAAUGUAAACUAUGAAAGAAAAGAAGAUUUUGAGGAGUAUGAAAGAAAGGCAUAUGAACAGUAUCAUAGGAGUGAAUCUUAUAGCAGCAAGGAAUCUAUUGAUGAUAAUUUAUCGGAUUCUGAUGUUGAAAUGUACGACGAAAAGAUGUGUGCGGAUGAUAAAAUGGUGGAGAACGACGAAGAUUGCAAAUAUGAGGAGAGAAGACAUAUCUUGGUAGAAAAUCGAGAUUGUCACGAUUAUAGAAAUUUGCAAGCGAAACUAGACGCAAAGAAGUUUAUCGCUAGAAAAGGGCACAUUGAUAAUGACGCAGACUGGCCGAAUAUGGAUGCCAUGGAACUUGACAUGAGAGUCAGGUUGGCUGACAUUCAAAGACAAUAUAGAGAAAAGCAGAAGGAAUUGUCUAAAUUGAUCCCGAAGAAAGACGAAAAGAAGAGUCCUGGAAGACCGCGCAAGAAGAGCCAUUCUUCUAAUUCCGAUCACGGUCUCCUCACAUCCCCACCGACGCUAGAAUCGACGUCUUCACCCAACAAAUCUCCAUCGCAACCGUCCGAUGGAGCUCCGCAGCCAUUAGCUUCAGCUGUCCUAGCAAUGCCAAGAUGUAAUGUGAAUUUGGUAAAACUGGGUGAACAAAGGAGCCACAUUAAAUUACUGGAUAGUAUACCAAGUAUUCCCAUGCCCGUUGCACCAGUUGCUUCGCCAAUCACCGUACUACCAUCAAACAAAUUGCCGCAAGAGGACGACGAGAAAGGCGCAGGACGGAUCUCUGACAAAUGUAUGCAACUUGGAUAUGAUACAUCAUCUCCAGCACCUACUAUCGCGAGUUCUAGUUCAGCAUCGAAGAAACGGAAGGUUGGUCGACCCAGGAAGUUAAUGUGCUCAUCCGGAGGUGUCAGACACCUUACGGAAACGAUAGUUGCUAAGAAACCUAAGAGCAAAAGUUCUUUGGUGGGCUAUCUUUUGUCGAAGAAUAGGCAUCUUCAAACAAAAUAUGUGGGAAAAACUGGUUAUACUCCACUACCGUUCAAGACUGGGCUAUCUUCCAUAAAAUCUUCUUCCAAGAGUCACAAAUCGACAAAAUCAAAGCCGAAACCAGCGAAACAAACUCCUUUACACAAUAAGAAUGUGAUCAGCUCCAUUAUCGCGGAAAAGGCAAAAUUAAGUCAAGAAGUGAAAUUGGAUAAACAAAGCAAGAUGAAGCCGAAAUUGAAAGCUGAAGCGAAGGUGAAGACGUGGGAAGAUGACGAAACCAGCAGUAUUACUGAAAAUAUAUUGCCAGAAACCAUCGCGGAGGAACCAGUGAAGGUAACGUAAAGAAAAAGAUUUAAUUAUCAAACUAUUCAACAUUAGACAUUAAUAGAAAAAAAAGAAAGAGAAAAAGAAUUACCCCCUCCCAAAAAUUGAUCUUAUAGAUAUACGAAUACAAUUUCAGAGUACGUAAAUAGGAUAUUUUUUGAGGGUUAAUAAUUGAGAUAAAGUUAUACAGAACUUAUAUGUAAAAUUUUUUAGAGAAAGUAGUAUAAUUA